AUGUAUCCAACUAUUGAAACAAUUGAAUUGCCUCAUCUUUAUUUCAUACCAAAGCCACACAAAAUAGGUACACCACUAAGACCAAUUAUAUCAAUGAUACGAUCACCGUCUGUAGGUAUAUCACAUUUCUUAGAUCAAGUUCUCCGUCCAAUAUUCAACCAAGCAACUAGACAAACAACUUUUAUCAAUGAUAUUCAUUUUAUUCGACGAUUAGAGCUCUAUCGAAAUCUUGGACUCCUCACACCAAAAACAAAUUUUAUUACCUUUGAUGUUACUGAUCUGUAUACAAUGAUACCGAGAAAUGGGGCACUUGUAGCUCUAGAACAAUUCUUAAAAAGACAUGCAAUAAAUGGCCGAAUCAAUGGCAUGACGAUUGAUACGCUUAUCAAGUUAUCUGUUGCAGUUUUAGAAACUAAUUCGUUUGUUUUCGAAGGCAAAUAUUAUAAACAAGUCCGUGGUGGAGCAAUGGGAUCACCAUUUACGAUGACUUUGGCGAACAUCUAUAUGUUAAAAUGGGAACAACUAUUAGUUGAACAUCAAAAGGCUCAUAAUGAGCUAUAUGGACGAUACAUUGAUGAUGUUUUCAUGACCAGCAAUCUUCCCUUGGAUAAAAUCAAUAUUAUUCUUGAUCUAGUGAACAGAAAAGAUGAAAAUAUUCGUAUUACUCGAUCAAUUGGACUGAGUGCUCAGUUUCUUGAUGUCUCUGCAUAUAACGAUCAAGGACAAUUAAAAACUACUGUCUUUCAUAAACCAGCAGCAGCACCUUACAUUCUGCCGUUUCUAUCCGAUCAUCCGCGUCAUGUUCAUCGCAAUAUAAUCAAAGUUGCUCUCUUUCGAGCAGUGCGUCUUUGUUCACACGUGGAAGAUUUCGACGAGGAACGAUUACGUAUUGAAGCAACAUUAUUAUUAGGCGAUUAUCCUCCAAAAUUUAUUUCAUAUCAUAUCAAAAAGUUCUUUCAACAAAACAAUGUCAUUACGUUGCUUGAAAAAUUAGAUAACGAAAUUUAUCAGGAAUUCCAUCAUGAACAAAUUAAUUUGCCAACACGACAUGAAAGAGAACGGCAAGGAAACCAACAACCGAAUUUAGACCGAAGUGAAUUAUCAUCAAAUCAAACUAAAUACAGACGGCAAAAGUGGAAUAAUAAAGAAAUUCAUGUUCAUUUUCCGUACUCAAGCGGUCCCAUGGAAGGAUUUGGACAAAAAUUACAUCAAUUAUGGAGACAUUAUUAUGUAUAUCCCGGUUCGCCAGCGCACAAUGUGGCAUUGAGAAUUGGUACAAGAUCUAAUAAAUCUCUUCAGUGCUUCUUAGUGAAGAAAAGGCCACCGAAAUCUAUGCUAACCGAUAUUAAUAACACAGAUACUUCAUUCUAG